UAAUUCUUAGAUCUUUUUUGGUUUAUUUUUAAGAUACAAUUUUUUUUGAAUGAGCUUAGUGUCCUCAUGCUGUAGCAUAGCCAUUUGGCUAUUCAUAUGUUUGCUAAUUUUAUGCUAAAAACUCAUUCCUGUUACUUUUAGUCGUCUUACUCAAAACAUAAAAAUUACUUUUUAUGUUUUGAGUAACACGAUUUAAGGUAACAGGAAGUGAGUAGAAAUGAGGAGAAUGAGAAAUGAGUGUCAAUAACAUGAGUGAGUGCCAUUAACAGGAGUAUUUUUUUUUGGCAUAAAUAUCAAUUAUUUAAACUUGCAGUUCUACCAUUUCUUUAAAAUUAAGACUUUUUUGAGAGAAAAUUAAAGGAAUUAGUGGACUUGCUUUUAAACAUACUGUGGCGGCUCUGGGUUGUGUGUGUGGCUGCCUGUAGGCAUGGUUCUGUUCUCCUGUGUGCGAGGAUGACAGGGGUGGGGCAUCUCCCUUGGGAGGAGUUAUGCAGAGAGGGUGGGCACCACUCUGGAUCUGCCAUCUGGGAGACACACAGCUGGGUUGGUGGCCUUUGGGCUGUUUGAGCUCUGUGGGGAAAGUUUUAGCUCUCCUAGUCUUGUUAAAGACUGUAAGUGAACGGCAAGCUUGUUCAAUUAAGGAGCUGUUGAGCGUUCAGCAUGAGUCUCACGGGUCUUCCUUCCUCUUCCACGCCACAAUACUUUUAAUUGUCACAUGAGCUUUGUAACCAUCUUCGGCUUAGAUACGCUGUUUGACCAGUACAUGUUUUGAAUAGUUAAAUACAUGUGUUAUUAGAUUCAGAGCUGAAAAAAGAUUUUAAAAAAGUUUAAUUUGGUAGAGUUAACAAUAAGCAAACGGCAUUCCUUGAUAUUUAUAGUGUUUGUAUUAAGAGUAAAUCUGGAAAAAUUUGGUCACAUAAUGUUUAAAUGAAGUUUAAACGACUAUGCUGUCGACACAAACGGCAUGUUAUUUUGACUACUUUAUUUUAAUGCAAAGAGCAGAGCGUCUGUGAGUUUUUUAAAGGAACUUUGGCGACAUCUAUCGUCUUUGAGAUAUAACUGCACCUUUACUUCAAGAUAACAAGGAUUAUUGGGUGUUUGAUUGUUAGACCAUAAUAAACUGUAAAUUAUUUUACCAUAACGACCACACAGAUGAUUACGUUAUCAUAACAAUUUACUAAAUAAUAUUUUGCUACAAGUUAACUUUAAGCACACAAGGUGCAUAACAGAUUUGGAUAUUGUGAAAUGCAAUACACAGAAAUAAUAAGACAUUUGGCAGAUGGAUUUUAAACAAAUAAAGGCCUUUUAAUUUAGUUGAAUGUAAGACUUUACGAAUCUGCAGGUACUCUGUCCAGGUAUAUUUGCAAAUGUACUAUUUUACAUGCACUUUAUACCAUUCAUUAAAAUACUUAUUAAUGUAAUGGUCAUUAUUUGCCUAAUUAUAUUUUUGCAGCAUAAAAAGGAGAACAUAUGUGUAGAUCAGUGGUUCAGUUUCUGACUGGUAAUGUAUUUCCAUCACAUAAACAGAGACAGACCCAAUAAAGAACUACUUACAACUUGUUCAUAAGUUUGGAGACCAAGGUAGCUUUUGUGAAAGUGUAGCAAAACUACUGUUGUUAAUGAUAAUGUUGUUUGUAAAUCACUAAGGUUAUCAGAAAAUGCACUCCAGAACUGUGAACUUCUCUGCAUGAAUUAGAUGCCUGUAGUCAAAUAUUAAUAAUAUUUUAUUAUGCCUUUCCUUCCUUAGGGUUUAACUCCACAAAUGAAUAACAGAGGCGAUAAAAGACCAGCUGGAAAUGACAGCUUUUCUACCCCACCUGGGACCCCUAAAAAAUCAAGGCCUUCUAGCCCAGAGAAAACAGGUGAAGGUACAAGUAUGUGUGCCUCAGAGACAGCAGCAAUAAAUAUUAGAAAUGCCCGGAGGAUUAUGGCAAAGAUCAAACAUAGACUCAAUGGAUAUAAAAAUGAAGACAAUCCUACUAAGAAGCUGAUUGAAUAUGUCAGGGAAGACAUCUCCAAACUGGACACCAGUAUAAAAAAGAAAACUACUGUUGGAGUUUUUGGAAAGACAGGAGCAGGAAAGAGCUCUCUGAUAAACGCAAUCCUGGGAGAAAAAGAUCUGUUACCAUCAGGAACACUUUGUGCCUGCACUUCAGUUAUCAUACAGAUCGAAGCCAACACAACAGACUCCUACUACACAGCUGAGAUUGAAUUCAUCUCAAAAGAGGAAUGGGAUGCUGAACUUGAGACUCUUCUGAAUGUCUUAUCAGAGGACGGAGAGGAGAAGGACGGUGCUUUGUUUAAUACAGCAAAUGAGAAGAUUACAGCACUGUAUGGAGAGGAUGGUGUUUUUCUGUCAGUAGAAGACCUAAAAAAAGACGAACAUUUCACAAAUAUACCAGAGUUUCUCAAAUCUAAAAUCAAAAAGAUAGUAUGUAAAAAGGCCUCAGAUCUUUCAGAUGAGAUUGGAUGUUACAUUCAGCAUGAUGACUCUCUUCCGGGAGAAUGUUACUGGCCAGUAGUGAAGACUGUGACCAUAAAGGUUCCAAACUGCAAAGAUUUUCUGGAACAUGUAGUUCUGGUGGAUCUCCCUGGAACUGGAGAUUAUAACAAGAGCAGAGAUCAGAUGUGGAGAAUGAAAUUGAGAGAUUGCUCGACAGUGUGGAUUGUAAGUGAAAUAAAUCGUGCGGCUGCUGACAGAGAUGCCUGGGAGAUUGUUUCAAGCAGCAUAACCGACAUGGCACAAGGAGGAGAGUGCAGCAGCCUCUCUUUUAUCUGCACCAAGACUGAUGACCUCAACCCACAGAAAUACAUGAAAGCCUCAAAACUGAAGGAUGAUGACUUUCAUAUCACACCAGAGGACCCUCAGUAUGGCAACAAGAAAAAAAUUGCAUGCAUAAACCACAGGAAUGGCAAAGCCAAGGAAAAGGUGAAAAAGCAGUUUCUUCAACAAGAUACAAUAAAGAAACACUUUGAUUGUGAUGACAAUUUCCUGACUGUGUUCACCGUGAGUUCUGAAGAAUUCACGAAAGAGGAUCCAAUCCUGAAUCAAGAGCAAACAGAGAUACCUGCUCUCAAGGACCUCUUGAGGAAGUACAACAUCAAUCACAUUAAUGAGACAACGCAUCACUACAUCUCUGGAGCUCUGGGAAUCCUCUCCCUAAUUCAAGGUUCCAAGGAGUUUGAUGCCAAAAUGAUUGUGGAGAGAUCCAAACUCUAUGCUACUUUGGAAAGAGAUCUUCACCAAGCACUUGGACACUUGCACAUAUAUUCUCAUGAAAUUAAAAGCUCACUGCAGGCACUUCUUGCAAAAGGAGCAAGUGAAUCAGAAGAAAAAGGUGUUGAAACAGCAGAAGAAAUCAUUAGGAGCAGUCAACACCAAACAUUGACAGCACUGUGCAAAAAUGAUGGAUUCUUUAGGGCCAAGAAAGGAGUAAUUGAUUUGAAUUCAAGCUUGGCCAGACCCAUGUUUCAGCACAUCAACAGCACAUUCAGUGAAUUCUUCCCGGUCCAGGGGAAAGUAACUGAGAAAUCACUGCAAGCUAAGAUCGAUCAGUUCACCAUCAUUACAGAGGACCUGCUCACAAAAUAUGAAAAUUCGCCAGUGCUGAGUCACGUGCUGAAAUUCCUUAAGAUUGAGGAAAUGAAACUGAAGAAAGUCCUUCAGCAGGAGAUUGUUGAGAAGAAAAAGAAAAUAUACACAUCUCUUUAUGAAUCCAUUCAAAAGAACAUGCAGCCAUGCUAUAAAGAUGCUGCUGCAAUUAAAGGACGUGGCAGCAUGAAUAAAAAGAAGGAUAUGCUCCGUGACCACAUUGAAUCAUCAAAAAGUGAAAUGUUCCAGGAAGCAAAGAGAAACAUGGUGGCACUGCUGGAUCGCACAUUGGAAUUUACUGUGGAGAAGAUAAGAACUGGACUAAUGGAAUCAAUGGAUCUCUCACUUCUUAAUGAAAACACUUUACCUUUCAUGGACAUCAGAAAAGACAUAGAAUUACUGAAGAUGUUAUCUCAAGAGUGACAUUCAUCAUCCACAGAUUUGUGAAACUUCACUGGUGCUCACAUUAGAAUGUUUGUCAGCAGCUAUUAUUGUUAUUAUUGUGAUGUUUAAAAUGUCUGAUGCUUUGGGAGUGGGGUUUGACCUUAUUAUACUGUUUUUUUUUUUUUUAUAUACUGCUUUUUUAUUAUAUACUACUUUAAUCAAAAGGUUUUUAGUGAUUUUCAACUGCUAAUUGUAACCAUUUAUUUACUAGUAUCACUGCUGCCAGAAUUUAGCUAAAUCCUAAUGUCUGUCUUUAUUUUUCCCUCACAAAAACACGUUUGAGUAGAAGUAUUUUUGUUAUUCACUGCAUUUUAUACAUAUAGCUUUGAAAUCAGGUAGUCUAAUAACUUCCAUGGCGACAUGUGUAUAAAACCAAAGACCAGACUGCUUCUACAAACACUAGUGAAAGAAUGGAUCACUCUCAGGAGUUCAGUGAAUUCAUUUAUGGUACUGUGCUCUGACUGUGAGACUGACACUGUCUACUGCUCUCAGGGAUUAUGUCACACGCAGCGCCGUGCGCAGUGCCCUAGUGCCUGUAAAUUUAAUGGUCCAAUGAAGAUAAUUUAAAAACCAGGACAUUUCCUCACUUUAAAAAAAAAACGGGAAAUACGGACGUUUGGUCACCCUACUAUAGCAGUAGAGACAUGUUCUUUAGAGUGGAGAAUCAUGCUUCUCUGUCUGCCAAUACGAAGAGUCUGAGUUUGGUGGUUGCCAAGAGAAUGGUACUUUUCUGACUGCAUUGUACUGAAUGUAAAGUUUGGUGGAGGGGGGAUUAUGGUGUGGGGUGUUUUUUUUUUAGGAGAUGGGCUUAGCCAUUUAAUUCCAGUAAAAGUAACUAUGAAUGCUUUAGUUUACCAAGAGACUUUGGGUCAUUUCACACUCCGAAAUUUGGAGGAACAGUUUGAGAAUGGACCCACCUGUUCCAACAUGACUGCACACCGGUGAACAAAGCAGGGUCCAUAAAGACAUAGCUGAGCGAGUUUGGUGUGGGAGAACUUGACUGACCUUAAGCCAAUAGAACACCUUUGGGAUAAAUUAGAUUGCGAACCAGGUCUUCUUGUCCAGCAACACUCAUACACCUUGUGGAAAGACUUCCCAAAAGUCAUUCAUGUUCAUUUACAUCUGGCAACAUAGUAUAUCUUAUUCAUGAUGUAUCGAAUGUAUGUAAUUUUAAAACUUAAUUUAUCUUACAAUGUUUACUUUCCAAUGCACUUAAAAAGUUCAAAGUAUGAUUUGGUCAAUUUACUUUGAAUGAUGAUGACAAUAAAUGAUAAAUACAUUCCUAA